AAGAAUCAUUUCAACCCCUCACACCACAUAACUAAAACACCCAUACUCUCUCUUUCUCUUUCAUUCUUUGAUGCCUUUCUACAAAAACACAACCUUUUAACUGUUAUUUUUUUUUUUUUCGUUUGCUCCUUAUUUUCUUCGCCGAAUCCUAGAAUGUCAUCGCCGGGGUUCCCUGGCGGCGGUAGUGCGUCUGAGUUUUUCGCUGGAGCGGGUGUUUUCGGCGGCAGAUCCAUUCCGGGGGCCACCAUGAACAACCCCAACGCCGCCGCUUCCGCCACCAUCAACAACCUCCACCCUCUCUACCGAACCCAACAACAACAGAACCUUCCCGCAAUGUUUCUAGAUCCUUCCUCGCAGAUCGCCCAACGCCAAACACCAACCUUCAUCGGUAAGCGCACCCUAACCGAAUUCCAAGCCUACAACCAAACCAACAACAACCCCAACCACGUCCUCUCGAACCUCCUGCUUCGUUCCGUUAAGCCCCGGACCAGUUUAUACCACACCUCUAUGGACUUUCCUGUUCCCGAAUUGCAAAACCAAAACCUUUAUUCCAACCAAACGCAGCGUUUUGGUGUUCCGUUACUUCACCAGCUUCGUCCUCAGCCCAUUAAUCUCCCCAACAACGGGCCCGUGCCCAUGACAGGCCCAAAUUUCGGUUACCGGAACUCGAAUUUGGGCUUACCACAGAACCAGAACCGGGUUCGUGUUUCUCUCCCUGUUUCUGUUCCGGUUCAGGUUCACUCAUCUGAACCGGAAAAGAAGAUCAUGGACCACAGGCUUCUGGAAUUGGAGAAGCAGCUUCUGGAAGAUAACGACGACGAAGGAGAAGCUGAUGCUGCGUCUGUGAUAACCACGAGCGAGUGGUCCGAGACUUAUCAGAAUUUAAUCAGUCCCAGUCCGGUUCAGAAACCGGUUUUGACGACGACGUCGCCGACUUCUUCCACGACGUCGUCCACGUCAUCUUCUUCCUCCGUGGCUUCGCCUGCUUCCGGAUGCUCCAAGCAAACGCUCAUGGAAGCCGCAUCUGCAAUUGUUGAAGGUAAACACGAUGUUGCGGCGGAGAUCCUGAACCGGUUGAACGGUGUGAACCGGAGUGAUAGGUUGACGGAUUGCAUGGUUUCGGCGUUGAAAUCGAGGAUGAAUCCGGUGGAGUAUCCUCCGCCGGUGGCGGAGCUUUUCAGGAAGGAGCACGCCGAUUCGACUCAGAUGCUCUUGGAGAACUCGGUGUGCUUCACGGUAGGGUUCAUGGCGGCGAAUCUCGCGAUUCUGGAAGCCGCAUUUGAGGAGAAAACGGAGACGAGCAGGUUCUGCGUGGUGGAUUUUGAGAUUGGACAAGGGAAGCAGUAUUUGCACCUCCUCAACGCGCUCUCGGCGCGUGGACAGAACGUGGCGGUGAAGAUCGCAGCCGUAGCAGAAAAAGGAGGUGAGGAGAGAGUGCGGGCUGUGGGAGACAUGCUGAGAUUACUCGCGGAGAGGCUGAGGAUCCGGUUCGAGUUCAAAAUCGUCGCGACUCAGAAAAUCGUCGAGUUGACUCGUGAGUCGCUGGGAUGCGAUGCGGACGAUGUUCUCAUGGUGAACUUCGCGUUCAAGCUGAACAAGAUUCCGGACGAGAGCGUCUCCCCGGAAAACCCUCGGGACGAGCUUCUUCGGCGCGUGAAGAGACUCGCGCCGCGCGUGGUGACGGUUGUGGAGCAGGAGAUAAACGGGAACACGGCGCCGUUUUUGGCGCGCGUGGCGGAAACGCUGUCGUAUUACGGCGCGUUGUUGGAGUCCAUUGAGGCCACCACGGUGGGGAAAGAUAACAGCAUUAACAACUCAGACCGAGUCAGACUCGAGGAGGGACUGAGUCGAAAAUUGCAUAACUCGGUGGCGUGCGAAGGAAGAGAUCGCGUGGAACGGUGCGAAGUGUUUGGAAAAUGGCGCGCGCGUAUGAGCAUGGCGGGGUUUGAGUUAAAACCACUGAGUCAAAGCAUGGUCGAGUCAAUUAAAGCGCGACUCAUCUCUGCCAACAACCGAGUCAACUCGGGACUCACCGUAAAAGAAGAGAACGGAGGGAUUUGCUUUGGUUGGAUGGGAAGAACACUCACAGUCGCAUCUGCUUGGCGUUAACUUGGCUCAUUUAUUUUUCUUUCUUUUUUCUUUUUAUUUUGGUUCGGAAUAUUAUUAUAUAUAAUAUCACAUUGUUACUAUAUUUUAACGUCAUCUAGAGAUAAUGGAAAGGCAAAGAGAAUAGAUUUGGUAAAUUAUUAUUAUUAUUAUAAAUAUAGUAUGAUAAAAGGGUGAAAAGAAAAUCUCAAGGAAAGCCCCUCCUCUUGGUUCUACCGAACUAAAACUAAUAAAGAAGUGUUUGGAUUCCGAGAAGACUCAUGUUACAUUUAUUGAUUCUUCUAUGUAUUAGUUGUUGAUAUGCUUUUUUUAUUUUAUUUUUAUUUUUUGGUUUA